AUGAGUGUUAAAGAAUCAGGACAAUAUAGAUUAUUUAAAGAAUGGGUACCUUUACAAAAGAUUAGUUUGGGUGGAUUGAAUGAUAAGACUUGGAGUUACUUUGAUUACGGUCCCAAAGAUGUUGUUCCUCUCAUUUUCAUUCCUGGUACAUCUGGAACUGCAGAGAUCUAUUUUAAACAAAUAGUUAGUUUAUGUCCAAAAGGAUUUAGAAUUAUAUCUGUUCAUUAUGCACCGUAUGAUACAUAUGUUGGAUGGUGUAAAGGAUUCGAUCGAUUCUUGGAUCGAAUGAAUAUUGAAAAAGCACAUAUUUUCGGAACUGCACUCGGUGGAUAUUUGGCACAGUGCUAUCUACAGUUCCGACCGAAUUGUGUACUCUCUUUGAUUCUCAAUAACUCAUUCUGUGAUACUCAAUACUUCCAUGACAAUGCACCAUGUUCAACCAUGUUUUCAUUGAUGCCAGAGUUUAUGUUGAAAAAGAUCGUUUUGUCCAACUUCCCAACUGGAAUGGUGGAGCCAGAGAUUGCAGAGGGUAUCGACUUUAUGGUGGAACAACUCGAGUCGCUAACACAAUCAGAGUUGUCAUCGAGAUUGAUUCUCAAUUGUACAUUGAAUACGCUGAAUCCAACAGUUGGUUUAUCAUAUGAAAACAUUACAAUCAUUGAUUCAUUGGAUUCACAUACGAUUCCAGAGAAUAUGAGAGAGGAAGUAUAUAAAUACUAUCCACUUGCCAAGAUUGCAUUGAUAAAGACUGGUGGUGACAUUUGUUAUAUCUCGAAAUCCGAAGAACUCAAUGUUCAUAUUCAAGUUCACUUGAGAAACCAAGGAUUCGAUCCAGUUGCAAAUCCAACCAAUGAAUCCACUGUCAAUGCUUCGUCGUCGAAUGCUCAAUCAUCUUCAACAACAACAACAACAGGAGCAAAACAACAAGAUACAUUAUUUAUUGAAGAAGAGGAUGAAGGUAUCAUCAACGAAGAUAAAGUAUUCUCAAAGUUAACAUUCUCACCUGCUGUAUAUGUCACUAGUCAACCAACUGCUACAUUAAAUAACAAUAAUAAUAAUAAUAACAACAACAAUAAUAAUAGCAAUUCAAAUGUUUCGACACCAACUCCAACACCAACACCAAUAACUGAAAUACUAAAUACAAAUGUUACUACUAUUCCAUCAAUAACAUCUCCAGCCAUCAAUGAUAAUGAUAGUGAUAUCUAUAAUAAUAUAUUCUCAAAUGAUGGUAAUAAUAAUAGAAAGAAGAAUAUGGAUGAUAUCAUUGCACCUUCGAGUAGUAAUAACAAUAGUAGUAAUAAGAAAGAUGAUAUAUUCGAUGAAUCGAUAUUUGAGAAUGCAAAGAUCAACAACAGCAAGACCAAUACCUCUACAAAUCCCUUCGAAGAUGAUAUAUUCAUUGACCAACCACAAACCUCUACAGUAGUGGAAACAAAGCCUGUCGAAGUUAAAGAAUCGAUAUUCGAAGAUUCAUUCGGUCAUUAG